GCGUCGUGAGACCUCGCUUGUAUCAAAUUAUUAGAGGCGAUAACAAAGGGCAAAGCACCAUUGGGACUGGGUUUGGAAUCACGUCACCUCAGCCAUUAAAAUUCUUUUGUUUCUGGAAAAUUUUAUUUCCUUACAAUCUCAAGAGCUCGUUGAUUACCGUCUAGGAGAUACAGUAGAUUAAGAGAUAUGGCGAAUCUCUAUGUGAAGGCGGUGCCGCCGGCUGAUCUGAACAAGAACACUGAGUGGUUCAUGUACCCAGGGGUGUGGACCACCUACAUACUCAUCUUGUUCUUCUCCUGGCUUCUCGUGCUCUCCAUCUUUGGCUGCUCUCCCGGCAUGGCCUGGACCAUCGUCAAUCUCGCCCAUUUCUGUAUCACUUAUCACUUCUUUCACUGGAAGAAGGGAACGCCAUUUGCAGAAGACCAGGGGAUCUAUAAUAGCCUAACUUGGUGGGAACAGAUAGAUAAUGGAAAGCAGCUUACACGCAACAGAAAGUUCCUAACAGUUGUUCCUGUGGUGCUGUACUUGAUAGCCUCUCACACAACUGACUAUCAACAUCCAAUGCUGUUCCUCAACACUCUUGCGGUGACAGUGCUCGUUAUUGCCAAGUUCCCAAAUAUGCACAAGGUUCGGAUCUUUGGAAUCAAUGCAGACAAAUGAGGUGGGCUUGUGCUGAAAAUGUUUGUUUUUGCCUGUUUAAAACCCGCUGUGCACUAAUCCAUCUGCUGCUCUGCUUAAAAGGUUGUAUCUCUGUAUAGAAGUGAGAAACUCUAAGGCUACUUGAAUAUGUAAUGUUAUUGUGCUACUUUUACUAGCCAUCAAUGCAAUAAAUGUAUCAAGUUUCUUUGUACAGUAUAGAAAAAUCAUAUUACCUAUUUUGACAGUA